AUGGAUGGCGGCGACAGUCAUCCGCAGAAGAAGUAUGACCCUUCCUAUAUAGCAGGUCGGGUAGUUCGAGACGCACCUGGCUCCUCUGCAGACCGGUUUAGACAGCAACAACCAGGGUCUACCAGAAGAGGAACGCUCGGCACAGGUGUAACUCCUCAAGAUGGAACUGCACUUCCGCCUUACGGGGGGUUUGACUAUCCUGAAUCCACCCCGUAUAAUACCUCUCAACUACAGAGCGGCUCGCUACAGUAUCAGCAAGGAUUUCCCAAUUCGAGGAACCCUCCGCAACCAGGUCAACAGUCUACCUCGCAGGAGCAGCAGCAGCGGCUACAACAAUAUGACCACAAUAUUGUUUAUAACAUCAAUCCCCAUGACCAGACACCAUCUUCGUACUACCAGCCACGGCAGUCCGCAGCCAUCGAGGUUUUAGCAAACCAGUUCGGAGUUCCACAGUAUUUCCCCCCUGAUGAAUCUACAGCAGGUGCGGGAGCCUCAGCACAAUAUUUAAGCCCCCAGGACCAGCCGCCAACGUUCCCUCAACUUCCCCCAGUGAGCCGGCCUGGGGUGGCAACAUCGUUUGCUGAGAGCAUGCCAGGAUUCAAUUCUACUUCUGGAUCAGAACCUCAAGAGCGACAGGAAGCAACUCAGCAACGAUCCUCCGACCUUGACGAAGCAUACAAUCGUUAUCAGCAAACUUUAAAGCAAGCGUUCUAUGAUAUUCGAGCUGGCCGGCUUGCAAAUGCCAGCGAUUCGAUGCUCGAAAUGUCAGAGUGGCUACUUGGAAAUGCCGUGGAACUAGGACUGGUUCGUGAUCAAGAAGACCUCCACGCGGAUCGAAUUGAUAUGUGGAAUAAUUUUAAUACGUGCUGGCUUGCUAUUUGUCAGAAACAGAAGGAUACAACGCAGGAGAUGUUUGAUACAGGAGUUCGCCCAGCGGAGCUUCUUAGCGAGGACGCAUUGCAAAAAUUGGGAAGAGAAUUAGUCCGACUCUGUGACAAAAUGGAGCAGUACGGCUUAGUUGAUUAUCAAAUGGGGGUCUGGGAAGAGGAGAUCUUAUGUGUAUUGGGACAAUGCCUCGAUCUUCUCGAGAACCAUGAAGAAGCUAGUGCACCAAGCAGGAACAGACUUCCAACGGCUGAUCAGUAA